AUGGACUUAAAUAAUCAAGGCGGUGCUGUUUCUCAAUCUAUCUCUGCGGACUCGUCAAAUCAGAAUAUUAAUAUUGAAGACUCGAAGAGCUCGAUCGAUGAAAUGUUUCCGCUCUUUUUACAGAUAUUUCAACAGGUCAAGAUACCAGUUUUAAUGCUUCACCCUUUCUUAGUUGUAUUCUUCUUCCAAACACUUUUGGUAUCAAUCUGGCCAUGGAGCAAGUUUUGGGAAACUCAUCAAGAUCAUAACGUAAUUCAUUGGCUCCGAACAGUUUUGUUCUUUGUUCCUAAGCCAUAUGAAGCACAGAACUAUUUAAUUGUUUCAGUUGUAUUUACAUUUUUCAAUUUAUCAUCCUUCGUAUUAGUAAGAUUUCAAAUUGCUUAUUACAACAUGAAAAGAAAAUUUGUUUCAAUUUUAAACUAUCCAAUCAGAGCAUACUUCGAUACAAUUCUUGUUGCAACACUUGUUCCUUCUAUGGUUUUGGCAGGCGAAACCUUUUUAAGAAUAUGUCACAAAGACUUUGAUUGGCGCAUCAUACUGUCAAUGCUUUUAUUCAUGGUAUCAUUUAUAUAUCAAAUAUAUUCAUUCAUUAUCGUCCAAGGAUUGGCAUCAAAGUCAAUUGUUGUCAAUGUCACUCCAUUACUUAACUUUGAUCCAUCCAUUAUGGGUUUAACUAUUGCAAUUCUUCUUGUUACAAUUAUCCCUUACUUCGUGCUCCUUCUUUUCGAAGCUUGGGCUCAAUUAUUUGCAGUAUUCUUCCAUAUUGGCUUAUAUACGUAUUUGAUUUACUACAACCAGAAGUUUAUACCAUUCGUUGAUAUUCAAACAAUGGCUCUCGCUACAAGUUGGCAAAUUGCUUGUCUAGUUGGCGAUAUAAACUUAAUUAUCGGUUAUUUCUACGAUGGAGUUCACUAUUUAGUUCCAAUACUUUGCGCAUUAUGUUUCUUCCUUGGCCUUACACCAGCAGGCUUAGUUUUGUUUACAAUUCGUACAAAAAGGAUGGUUGCCAAAUUAUCUCUUGAAUUUAAGACACAAGAUGAAGCAUUUGAGUACUUCAAAGAGUUAGGAUUAGAUCUAGAUGUUGCAAAGGCCCAACUUUAUCUCAGAACUUCUUUCCAAAAUUAUUGUCCUGCAUUUUACCAGUGGCACCUUGUAAACUUCAUUGCCGAACACUACGAUGAUGAAAUUUCCUUAAGUACUUGCCUCCAACUCGUCAAUUUCUUCCCAAAGGAGACAAGAUUACAAAAUAAGUUACAAAGGUUACUCUUAAAGAGAAGGAAAGUCGGAUAUGUCACGAGAUUUUUGAAUUUUGAGGUCGAUGCAAUCAAAAUUUUGAGACAAUUCUCAGUUUCUACGGCAUCAAAACUCAAAUUAAUUGAAUUGAAGACAAUGUCAAGGCAAUGCGAGAACAUGACACGUGCAGCCAUUGAUUCACCAUUAUCUGCAGGUUAUUUCGAAGGCGUGGCCACCAAAACCCAGAUGGCGAGGGCAAUUUGGAAAGAAGCUUUACAAAACGCCCCGAACAACCCAAAGUUCUGCGAAGAGUACUCGAGAUACCUUAUAGAAUGCGAAUGUGACUUCCCAGAAGGCAUCAAGAUCAAAAACAAGCAACAGAUUAUCGAAAUGGGAUCUAAUUUCGUUGUUGAUUACUCAUUCCGUUCCAUGGUUGCUGUUUUCUCUAAAUACAUCACAGAUGGUAUCCUAAAUCUUCAAGGCGGUGUUGUUAAAACCAUUGCAAACAACACAAAAGCAAGUGGCUCACAAUCAAACAAUUCAUCGAACAACUCAGGCCAACAAUCAUCAGGAAGUGUUGGUGAUGACAUGACAGAUGCAGAUUUAGAAGAUUACAUUGGCAAACAGGCGAUUAAAUUGUCAAGAACAAGAUUGGCAUUACACAGAGCAUUAGAAAACAAAGUUGCCAAAUCAAUAAAAGCAGUAAAUCCAGCAAGUAUCUUUAUUAUGAUUUACGUAAUCAUUGUCAUUGCUGUUGGUUUUACUUACGCAUCACAGAAGAUGAAAUCACAAGUAAAAUUGAUGUCACAACUCAAUUACAGUUCACAGAACAGAUUUUAUACUGCUUGUGCUAACAUUGCUAUCAUUGCUGCUUAUUUCACUGAAGACAAUGGUAUUAUUAAAUAUGCAAUACCCGUUAGAAAAUAUUAUGUAUCUGAUGAUAUUCCUUAUGUUAUAUUUAACCUACCAAAUUUGUUACCACAAGUUACUAAUUUCACAACGCAAUCCCUUUCUAACUUGAAUUUGUUGAUGUCUUCGAUGGUUGAUUUGGCAACCCAAGGUGAAGAUGUUUAUAACAUUGCUUCUCAGCUGAUGAAUCCUAUUGAUGUAUUCCAAGUUUGUGCAAAAACAAAAUAUCCAUUUAGUACUCCAUCAUUUGCAACAAAGGGUUCAUUGACAUCUUUAAUAACACUUUUGACGACAGCACAAAGGGAAUAUUCAGGACACACAACAACUUUAGAUGCUUUGAUCUCUGAUGAUACAUGCGAAUUAACUGUUAACUUCCAGUCAUAUUUCGCAGGUGUUACUGCUUUGUUUGAUGAAUUGGAUGUUUAUCAAAACAAAAAAGGAACAUCAUUGAAUGACAAAUUCAAACUUCUUGAAAUUGUUAUUCCUGUUGUUACUUUUGUUGUUGUUUUCGCUCCUGUUUUCAUCAUCCAUUUCUUAACUGUUAGAUCAUUAAACAAACUCAUUGAAAUCAUCAAGAGUUUCGAUUCCAAAGCUAAACUCGAAGCCAAAGAUUCAAUCCUUGUUAAUCCUGGUGUUGAUGAUGCAAGAAUGAAUGAAAUGAAUGCUUCUUCAAUGCAAUCAAUUGUUUUGAUGUUAUGCGCUUGUUUUGUUUCAUUGAUUUUCUUAGGAAUUAACUUAAUUGGCUGGUUAAUGACAAGUAGAAGUAACACAAGAUUGUUACAUAUCAACAAAUGGAAUGAAUUCGCUUCAAAGAGAUUGAGUUUAUCUGCUGAAUUAAUGAAUAUGUUAGUUACAUUGAUUGUUAUUCAUGAUGAACCAAAUAAAUUCUUCUUGACAGAUACUACAUUAGUUAGUGGUAUCAUUAAGUUGCUUUUGAAUCAAUUAACAACUGUUGAUAAUUACUUGGUAAAUGGUGUGAAUGAAACUCCUGCAUGCAAAGGAUUUGAUAAAGAAUUAGAUAACUUAAAUGUUAUUGAUGCUCCGUUACCUGAAGGAGAUACUGAUGAACAAGAUGUCUAUAGAAAUGCUUCAAUUCAUCAGCAGAUACAGAUCUUGCAGACAUAUGUUCAAUCAAUUCUUACUUCUGUAGCUUAUAACACAACAAUACAAGUAACUGAUGUUUCAAACGCAUUUUAUUUGGCUAAUUUCAGAAUGUUCCAUAAGCUAGAAAAAGUUACACAAAGAUUAUUGGAACUAGGCCAAAUAGAAAAAGACAAGAUUCACACUGUUUUCUAUAUUUUAAUAGGUGUAGCAAUCGCUUCUUUAAUUGCUUGGAUGAUUAUAAUUACAAUGUAUUAUAAUAUAAGAGUUUCAGCAUAUAAAGCAGCUCUUUUCAUUAUCAAGAGAUUCUCACCAUAUACUUUGAUAAACAACAAGAUGUUUAACAAAGUUUUCCUCAAAGAAAAAGGCGCAAACAAGAAUGAGAAACUCACAAUUGAAGGAUCAAUCAUUAUGAAUGCAAAUGACUCUAUUUUCUGCACUUCUUUGAUAGGAACUGUUGAAAUUGUUAACAACGCAGUUCCAACACUUUUAGGAUACACUCCUGAACAGAUUUUGGGUCAAAGAAUUACAGAGUUCUUCACACAAAAGGAUGGAGACACAAUCAUGCAGAAAUUGGAACAAAUGAAGUCAGGACAAAGCUCUUCUUUCUUCGAGGAUGAUUUCGUUGCUGUUUCCGAUUCAUCACAGGAAAUCCCUGUCCAUGUAACAAUCAUCGGUAUGAAGAAGGAAGGAAGUGAUGAUGUCAACUCUUUCGUCUUGGUUUUAAGAGAUCAAACAGCUUUAGUUAACCAGAAGAAACAAGCUGAAGAAGCCAAAGCUAAGUCAGAAAAGUUGCUUUAUCAGAUCCUUCCAAGAGAUAUCGUUGUUCAAUUGAACAGAGGUGAGAAAGAUAUUUCUUUCGUUGUUCCUUCAGCAACAAUUGUUUUCAUCGAUAUCAACAAGUUCUCUGAAUAUUCAUCUAAUCUAAGUCCACAAGAUAUCAUGGCAAACUUGUCUUUCUACUUCGCUUGCAUUGAUAAGAUCGCAGCCAAAUACAACAUGCUCACAAAGAUUAAGUUGAUAGGUGAUAUCUACAUGGCAGCAACUGGUUUGUUCAACCCUGACGCACAACCUGAAUCCCACGCAGAACAAACAAUUUUGUUCGGUAUUGAUUGCGUAAAUACUUUGGACGAAGUCAACAUUAAGUUGGAAGCAAACUUGGCUAUAAGAAUUGGUAUCAACAGUGGUGGUCCAGUCAUUGCUGGUGUUUUGGGUACUGAUAAACCUGUCUUCGAUAUCAUUGGUGAUCCAAUCAAUGUCGCUGCAAGAUUACAGACAACUUGCGAAAUCAAUCAUGUACACAUUUCUCAGGCUACUUACGAUUUAGUCAAGGGAAUGAACUUCGAACUCACUCAACGUGGUGAGACAUUCCUUAAAGGAAAAGGAAAGCAGAUGACUUAUUAUGUAACUCAUCCAGGAUCAACAUUCAACACAGAAGCUUAA